GCUAGAUGCCAUGGCUGCUACCAUGAAGGCUGUCGUCGUCACUGCUCGCGGCAAGACCGAGCUCAAGGACGUCCCCGUUCCCUCGCCCGCCGCGGGAGAGAUCCUCGUCAAGACGAGCGCCAUAGCAUGCAAUCCAACGGACUUCAAGCCCCGCGACUUCCUCGCGCCCGAGGGCAGCUGGCUCGGCUGCGACUACGCCGGCACCGUCUACAAGGUCGGGUCGGGCGUCACCAACGUCAAGGAGGGCGACCGCGUCGCCGGUUUCGUCCACGGCGGCGCCUGGGAGGGCGAGGGCUGGGCCGAGUACAUCAAGGCGCAGGCGUCGCUCGUCUGGAAGGUGCCCGACAACCUCAACGACCUCGAGGCGGCGGCCGCCGCCGCCGUUGGUCCCUGGACGGUCAUCAUGGCGCUCAACUUCCGCCUCGGCCUCAACACGCCCAUGAACCCGGUUAAGGAGCCUGAGCCCGUCCUCAUCUGGGGCGGUUCGACCAGCACCGGCCUUUAUGCGAUCCAGUUCGCCAAAGCGAGUGGCUACCUCCCCGUCGUUACGGCGAGCGAGAAGAACUUUGCCAAGCUCAAGGAGCUCGGUGCCGCAGCGACCUACUCCUACUCGGACCCGGACGUCGCGUCCAAGAUCGCCAAGGACUUCCCCAAGCUGCGCUACGCGCUCGACACCAUCUCGGAGGGCAAGACGACCAUCACGGCCGUCAAGGCCAUCGCGCAGGCCGCCGGCAAGGGCAAGGUCAUCACGCUCCUCGGCAACCAGGACCCGGAGCUCAAGGAGUACGCCGACUCGGUCCCGGCCGAGCCCACCCUCCUCUACACCGUCCUCGGCGUCCCGUUCGAGUGGCCCGGCAUGAAGUUCCCCGCCAUGCCCGAGGACAAGCGCCGCAUGGAGGAGUGGUGCGGCAAGCACCUCACCGGCCUGUUCGAGUCGGGCACGAUCAAGCCCAACCCGAUCCUCCCGUUCGAGGGCGGCCUCGCCAACGUUCAGGCUGGCAUGGACUACAUAAAGGCCGGCAAGCAAUCGGCUCAGAAGGUCGUCUACAAGGUCUGAGCGCUCUCGAGCUGUCGCUCGUCGCAUUUGUAGCUCUCCCUGCAUUCCUCUCAAAGCCUCGAAGCUCUCGCAAUGUACAGACCAUUCGAAACGUUC